UACAAUCAUAUGAAAAGCUGGAGGAUAAAUUAUAAGAUGAUCUGUCGUAGAAAAGCAAAAAAACAAAAAAACACUUAAAAAUGUGUGUCCGUGUCUGUCUGUGCAGGUUCGGUUUCGGUUUGCCUACAUCCAGGGCGUACGCUGAGUACCUGGGCGGCUCACUGUCCAUACAGUCUAUGCAGGGCAUCGGCACAGACGUCUACCUGCGUCUGCGCCACAUCGACGGCAAAGGCGAGAGCUUCAGAGUGUAACAGCGGGCGUCCUUCUAGAUCACGACCCAGAACCCACGCUGUGCAGGAGUGCGAGGGGGUUUCCCAUCAGGGGGGCUGACAUGGACUACAGGACUUUGGUCCGCAUGUAAUAGCCAACACAGUAUGUUGUCAGAAAGCUCCUAAAUUCACCUAUCUACUACUAUCUUGUUUUCCUUUUGCCUUAGAUUGAUUAUAAGCUAUGUUAGCUCUCUAGUCGAUGAUUUCGGUUGUUUUUCUUUUGUUUUGUACCCCAUGGCAUGUCGUUUCAGAAUUGUAGGGGUUGUAUGAGUUUCCUGAAUAUUUAGGUUAUCGGGACAAACUGUGCAUGACAGCUGGCAUCGAUGUUACUGAGGAAGGAAGGAAAGGAAAAAAAGAACUUCAGUUUUAAAGAAGUUCAUGUUACUCAUUGUAUAGCCUCAAAAAUAUAGUGAUAGAUGUUUUCGAUGAUCAAAGUUUCAAAUGAAAUUCUGAGACACUCCAGCAAACCUGUCAGACUUACUCCUCAGAGGUCAUGAAGCUGCUCAUGUGAUCCAUGAAGACCGUAGUUAGAACAACCAUCUUUUCACUUUCUCUCAUAAUCAGAGGUCCGCAGGGGAGAACUGCCUCAGCAUCCUCAUAUUAGCAUGUGCUGUAAACCCUCGUAAACCUUUAAUAACCUUCUCCAAACAAAGCCUUCGCUGAGUCCGGAUGCGGCUUAAAAAAGCAGAAGAAAACUGCCAAAACACCAAAAGCUCAUUAACAGAUUUCUGUGUCGCACAGUUUCGGAGGACACUCGCAGUAACGGGACGUCUUUGUUCAGCUGUGGUGUUCGGAGCUAUCAGGCAUGGGAGCCCACGGAGAUGUUCAGAUGCCUUAUUGUGUCUUUGAGCUGCAUGCUGACUCCACUUGACAUCCUCUUUGUUGCCUUCAUCGGUCCACGUGGGCUCACACUGUCAGUCAGUUUCAUUCGUUUGAUAACGGUUUGUUUUUGUUUUGUUUUUUUUGCACAGUUAGUUGAUUUCCUGUUAAUGAUGUAAUGCUCAGCACUUGCACCGAUCAUAGUAGCUUUUGGCUUUAUUGAAAUAACUUUUGAGAAUAAGAAUAUACCAGAGAAGUAUUGUCUAAUAUUAUCUACGUUUUCUGAUUCAUCUAACUUUAGAUUUCCUUUUUGUAGAAAGUGUGUCACUUGUGUUUCAUUUUAAUGUGUUUUUGAAAUAAGUUUUGUAUAAAAUUACAUUUCAGGAUGGGUCAAUAGCAGCUAGCUGUAGAAGUUCAGAUGGGUUUGGGUUUCUGACCAUUUGAAGGUACGUUUUCUUCAGAUCACAACUUGAUUAUGUUGUUUCAGAAAAUUGCUCCUUUUCUCACCGUUCAGCUCUCUAAUGGCUGGUUUAUGCUAAAUGUUUCUGUGUUGUUACAUCUAAAUGACAAAUAAUCAAGUUGUGCUCCCAGAAUAACGUACCAGGAAUGAUUAACAAACCCAAGCCUCUCUGGGAGUCCAGUUCAUGAUACAUGGGUCAAAACACAGUCGGUAUCACUUGGUUUAUGAACUUUUCCCUUCAGAUUUUGUUCCUCAAAGCACUCCUCAUAUUUAGAUGAACAUUCCCCUGUGAGCAUCAGACCUUAAGCCACAGAUCAACCUCAGUUUAUCAGCUUGGAGCAUUUUUUUCUCAGCUCAUUCUGUCACCUUUGUUUUGCAGCAGGAGGGGCGUUGGGAUUUUACGCUUUGAUUAACGAGAUGGAAAAUGAUGAACUUUGUAAACCGUCAGAAGUUAAUGUUCAAACUUUUAAAAACUUUUUCUUGAACCUGUUGAUUCCUAAAUCAAUGAGAAAAAGAAGCUAAUGAAUUACAAACAUACAUUGGUUUGCUAUCCAAGGAGAAAUUUAAGUUGUUUUUGUUGGGGAAAAAAAGUAUGAAAUACUGAAGAACAUAUAAUUUUCAUAUCUCACAAAUCAAAUAAGUAGAUCAUUUAGAGUUUCGCUCACAAACUGAAUGUCUCUGGGAUUAUUUUUCCCUCUGAGUUUACAUUUUAUCACAUAUUUGUUCCUAACUGAUAAAAGUGAGACUUCAGCUUGUGAGUUUUCUUUGGAUCUCUUAUUUCAGUUGUAAGAUUUAAAAAAUAUUUUAUUUUCUAAAAGCUAAUAAGUAUUUGAUUUAUUGAUGACUUCAAACACACCCAAAUGUAUAAUCUAUUCCUGAGAAAAAGGGUAAGUAGCCUGUUACGGCGGUCCCUGUAUUCUCUCUGAGGCGUGUACAUAAAGUGGAUGUUUUUUGUGGCUUUGAAGGUCUUGAAGAUGUAGCUGUAGUGUCUAUGUAGCUUGUGCAUGUGAAGCAGGGGAUGGGGAAGGGGUGUUAAAAGCUGGUUAAACAUGGUUAAUGCUUGCAUCCAUGGUGAGAUAAAAACAUGUAAACGGCAGCAUUAUUGAAUUUUGUUCUCAAGAGUAAUGUUUAACAUGGCUUAUAGAGUUUAGAUGUGGCACAUGAACAGUCUGCCCCCUGCUGGGUUGUAAAGAAUAGUGCAGACAGACUGAAAGUAUGGCUCUCUUGGGGGGGAUUAAAAUGCUUCAUUUCAGUUCUUGAACAGAAUGUACGACACAUGAGUUUCUGAAUUUCUAUUUUCCAGGUUUCUGAUUUUGUAAUAUUUGCAGAUUAAAAUGAGAAUCAACAACAAAAACAUUUCAAAGUCUCCAGUAUGUUGCCAAACACUGGAGUCGUGUUACUGACAAAAAAGUGCUGCCAUGGAGUCUUGUGUCUCCUCAACUGAUGUUUUCUCCCUCAUGUUUUCUGUUGUGUCCAGGACUCUACGAACAUUAAAUUUUACUUGGUUGGAAGA